AUGGGCACGAGAGCGAGUCGCCUCCAGGAAGACCCGGUGCCGUCCACACUCGGGAAGGACGGCACCGCCAGGAGAGAAUCAUACCGACGGCCCCGUUGCGCCAGGCCCACCAGUCUCAUGGUGGACUUCUCUGGCAGCUUCGAGGACACCGAAGUCAACCGGAGCCGUUCGGAGGAAGGCAGCGACUCCGACCUGGGCCAGCAUGGCGCGAGCGCUGACGGCAGCCCCGCCGACCACCACGGCAUCGCGGCUAGCAUGAGCCAGGCGUCCCCGACGGACGACAACCACAUUGAGAGCAAGGCUGAGGAGGACGGCAGCACGAGCCCGGAGGCUCCCGUCAACGCCGAGCAUCAGCCUGGGGAGGAAACAGGCCGCACACCCCACCGCACUUUCUCCGAGCGGCUGCCCGGAAAUCGACACGCUGGGGGCCGCAGCGUCGGCGCCAGGUCGGCGCGGGUCAGGGGCACCCACCAGCGGCCGGUGUCAGAGGCUUGGAUCGGCCUAUACCGUGUCAACAACCGCCAUGGCAAUAUCCGCUGUCCUUUCUGCUCCAAGCCGUUCCCGGGCGGCCGCAUUGAGGAUCACCUAUUGAGCUGCCUCACGUCUCCGCCGCUUCCCUACAACACGGAUGUGCUUAGCAAAGACAGCGGCGAGUGCUCCAUCUGUCUAGAGGAUCUUGUGCGGGGCGAGACCAUUGCCAGGCUUGCGUGCCUCUGCGUCUACCACAAGAGCUGCAUUGACGCGUGGGCCAAGGUGAAGCCCUGCUGCCCCGAGCAUCCCUCAGAUUGA